UAUCAAUGAUUCAUUCGAAUCCAAACCAUCAUCAUCAUCACCACCAUCAUCAUCAUCAUCAACAGCAACAACAUUCAUUAUAUGGUGAUACUAAUAAUAAUAAUGAUUAUUAUAAUCUAAUUGGAUGUCCAUAUGCUACACAAUGUCCACAACAACAACAACAACAACAAUUUUUUCAUAAUCAUCCAACAACAACAACAACAACAAUGCAGCAGCAACAACAACAACAACAAUCAUCAAUUUUACCACAAAAAUCAUCAUUGAAAAAAUCAUCACAAUUUGAUGGUGGUUAUGAUGGUUCUUCGACACCGAUGAUGAUGAAUCAUCAUCAUCACCAUGCGCAUUAUCAACAACAGCAUCAACAUAAUCAUCCACAAUAUUAUGGCCCUUAUAGAAUACCACAUCAACAACAUAAUCAUCAGGUUAUACCAUCGAUGAUGUGUAUGCUUCAACAACAACAACAACAAAAAUCACUGCCAAAUGGAAUAAAUACUGCCAUGAAAAAAUAUAAUCAACAACAACAACAGCAACAAUCGAUUAUAUCAUCAACACAAUCGAUUGUAUCGGGAAAAAAUCGUUUAUCCGGUUUAUUAUUAAAUCGUUCUUGUUCAAAACAUGUUGAAGUUUUAAAUUUUCUAUUAAAAGGUGGUCCACCAUGGGGUUUUCGUAUUAAACAACGUAAUGGAAAUGUAUUUAUUAGUAAGGUCAACUGUGGUGGACGUGGACAUAAAGGUGGAUUACGUGUUCAUGAUGAAAUUAUGGCUGUAAACAAUUUCGAAUUAGAUAAUCAUCCAUUAACACUGAUACGACAGCCAGGUUCAUCAACAGCUGCGACAGCGGCAGCAACUACUACCGCAUCAAAUAUGGAACAAACUGGUUCAAUAUGUUCAUCAUCCAUUGGACAACGUACACCGACAAAUAAUCCAUCGGCUACUGAUGAUAAUAAUAACGGUGCCGUUAAUAAUAAUAACCCCGGUGACCAAUCGCAGCAAGAUGAUUCAGCAAAACCUGUUAAUAAUAAUAAUAAUAAUAAUGAUUAUCAGCAAUUUAAUGGAAUUAUAAAUGAUAAUGAAUUAACAAAAUUAGAUUUUACUUAUCAAUUAAUUAAACAUACAUUAAAUAGACAAUUACAAUUAACUGUUCGUAGAUGGCAUAGUGAUUGGGAAUUGGCACCAUCAAUAUUUUUACCAAUAUCAUCAUCAUCAUCGAAGAAAACAUCAUCAAAAACGAUAAUGGAUCAACAACAAAAACAACCAUCAUCAAUAACACCAACAACAAUGUCAAUGAUGAUUGCUGAUGAUAGUGAAGGUCCAUUACAUCAAAGUGAAGAAGAAUUAUUAUCACCAAAUGAAGAUUUUGGACCUGAAUCACGAAAUGUACAUCGAAAAAUACUUUCAAUGAGUAAUCAUCCUCAUCCUCAUCAUCAACAUUAUCCUUAUCCUGGUGGUUUUGUUCCACUAUUUCCACAGCAUCAGCAUCUACCGCAGCAACAGUUAUUUUAUGAUCCAACAUCUUUUGUCCCUUCAAUGUAUCAUCCACAAUUUUAUCAUCAUCAACAUCCACCACCUUACCAUCAUCCAGGUGGAAUUCAAGAUACAGAUGAUUCAAUACGUGCAAUACGUGGUGAUGAUAAUUCAUCAUCAUAUUCAACAACAACAACACCGAUAAAUGAUUCAUCAUCGACUUCGACAACAACAACCGAUUGUUUUGUAUCACAUCAUUCAUUGAAAGAAAUGCAAAAAGAAGCUGAAAUUAAAACCGAAUGUUCACCCGGUUCAAUGAUGACAACAUCAUCAUCAACAACCGUAACAACAUCUAUGAAUGAUCAAACAACAACAUCAUCAUCAUCAUGUCCUACUUGUAUGAAUAGUGAUCUAAGUUAUUGUCAUCAUUAUUGUGAUUGUGGUGUACCGACAACAACAACAACAGCAACAACAGCGAUGAUGGAUCAUCCAUUACCACUAUUUUUACAUCAAAGACCAACAACAUUCGUUGAUAAUAAUAUAAUCGAUAAUAAUAAUGAUUUUAAUUCGGAUGGUGAUUUUGAUUAUGAUGAUGGUCAUCAUAAAGGUGACCAUAGAAGACGAUUAUCAACAAAAAAUCAACAACGAAGAUAUCAUCAUUAUAAUCGUUCACGAUCAAUAGAUGGCAGUUAUUAUCGUCAUCAUGGCCAUCGUUAUCAUCGACAAGAACAGGAUGAAGAACAAUCGGAUGAUAUUGGUAAAUUAGAUUUAUCACCUGAUGGUAAUGGUAGUGGUGGUGGUGGUGGUGGUAGAAUCACAUCAUCAUUAUCUGGAUCACCAACAACAACAACAACAUCAUCAUUAUCAUCAUCACCAUUAACAGCAAUACAACGACGUAAAAUACGUUCUAUUUCGACAAUAACAACAACAACAAGAUCUCGAUCAUCAUUAGAUCCAGAUGAUGAUCUGGAUGAUCCAAAUAUCGAUGGUAAUGAUAAUGUCUAUACAGAUGAUGAUGAUGAUAUUGAAACAGUUUUGAUUCGACAACCAGCAGCAGAUCAAAAAUCAAUCGAACAACAGAUGGCUAAAACAACUGAAACAUCAACAAAAAUGAUAACAAAAUCAUCAACAAUGUCAACAACAACAACAACAGCAACAUCGAUAUCAACAACAACAUCAACAUCGAAACCAAAGAAUAGUAAGUAUAAAUAUUUUUUUUUCGAGGAAUUUCCCAUCAAGUUAAAAUAG